UGCAAACCAGUCGGAUUACCAUCUCUUUCACUGCUUUACGCUCCCCUCCUCAACUGCCGAUCGAUUCGCCAGCUCAAUCGUCCUGCUCAGGGGCAGAUCAAACAUGGCGAUGACUAUUCAAGAAAUGCAAAACGUGCUCCGAUUGCAAACCGAAAAAGAAAUGAGGUUUGAAGGGCGUGAUGAGCUGCUCAGAAAGGGUUUAGUGUGGUUUGAGGCGAUCAUAUAAUUGCUAAAAUGUUUGCCGGAGUAGAAAAAAUUAUCGCGGCUAGGAAUGUAUUUAAUUGCAUUGAAGAUUUAUGUCUACUCCGUUGAUCAUUUCGUUUUAGGUUUGGCUAAAGAAUCUGUGUUACUUCUUUGUUUAUAUACUGAUUGUCAACUAUACGACAUCCUUUGACUCUGGUUGUGUUCUUUUGCUUUGCCCUGCUGUCACGGGAUUCCUGGUGGCCGUUUACUCCAGUUCUGGCUGGGCUUGCUUUUAUGUUUUCAUCCAGCAUCUUGCUACAGAUCUUGGCCUGCGCAUUGUACAAUAAUUGGUGGCCAAUGCUAUCAGCUCUAAUGUAUGUCUUGGUGCCCAUGCCUUGUCUAUUUUUUGGAGGUGGGUCGACUCAGUUUUUGAUCAGUCGAGAUGGUGGAGGAUGGAUUGACGCUGCUAAAUUUUUGACCGGAGCAUCGGCUGUUGGAAGCAUAGCCAUUCCUAUUAUCCUCAGACACGCUGAUCUCAUUAACACGGGAGCUAUGUUCAUUGAGUUCACAUCUUUCAUCAUAUUUGUCUUCACAGUGAUGUGCUUUCAUCGUGCCAGCCUUGAUGAUGAGUGGUAAUAAAUCCUGAUGCCAGAUCGAAUAGAUCAAACGUGAGACCCUGAUGUGCAGUUGGAUAGAAAUACAAAUUCUAUACCCUGUAAAUCUUUGUUGGAAUAUGCUCGGUUGGCGAUAUGAACGGUUAACUUUUGCUCCUGAUGUGAGCCUCGUUUCUUUUUGGUGUGUUCUA